GUAGCGCAAAACAUCAGGAAGUGAUACGGGCGGCCAACUGGCUAGCUCAAGGCUAGCGAGCAGCAGAAAUGAAUAUUCACGUAAAAAGCAGUUCUGUGUAUCUUCACAGUCUGGAACGAGACUGACAUUUUGUCCACGCAUUGAGGAAGUGCACAGCCGCACAAAAAAAGUCUACAAUGGGUCAACGAAGGCGAGCAGCAGCUGUGAAAAAUCCUUCAUCUCAGGGAGUCUCUGGAGGUCCUGCAGAGUCUGUCAGGGUUUCCAGCAGGAAGCACAACAUCUGCAUGGUGUCUGACUUCUUCUAUCCGAAUAUGGGAGGGGUAGAGAGUCACAUUUACCAGCUUUCCCAGUGUCUGAUUGAAAAGGGACACAAGGUGGUGAUUGCCACCCAUGCCUACGGCAGGAGGAAGGGUGUCAGGUACCUGACCAAUGGACUGAAGGUGUACUACCUACCCCUGCAAGUGAUGUACAACCAGUCCACAGCCACCACCUGCUUCCACAGUCUCCCACUGCUGCGUUGUGUGUUUGUCAGGGAACGCAUCACUGUGGUGCACGCACACAGCUCGUUCUCCGCCAUGGCCCAUGAUGCACUUUUCCAUGCUAAAACUAUGGGCCUCAACACGGUGUUCACUGACCACUCUCUCUUCGGCUUCGCUGACGUCAGCUCUGUGCUGACCAACAAACUCCUGACUGUGUCGCUGUGUGAUACCAACCACAUUGUGUGUGUGUCGUACACCAGUAAGGAGAACACAGUGCUCCGUGCAGCACUUGACCCAGAGAUAGUGUCUGUUAUUCCCAAUGCUGUUGACCCUACAGACUUCACCCCUGACCCUUCCCAGCGCCAAGACGACAGGAUCACUAUUGUUGUCAUCAGCCGCCUUGUCUACCGCAAAGGAAUUGAUCUUCUUGGUGGAAUAAUCCCAGAGCUCUGCCUCAAACAUCCAGACCUGCAUUUCCUAAUUGGUGGAGAGGGACCGAAGCGAAUUGUGUUAGAGGAAGUGAGAGAGAAGUAUCAACUACAUGACCGGGUGCGUCUGCUGGGGGCUUUGGAGCAUAAAGAUGUUCGUGGCGUUUUGGUGCAGGGUCACAUCUUCCUUAACACAUCACUGACUGAAGCGUUCUGCAUGGCCAUUGUAGAGGGAGCCAGCUGUGGACUGCAGGUGGUCAGCACUCGUGUCGGGGGCAUUCCCGAGGUGUUACCUGAAGAUUUGAUUACCUUGUGUGAGCCCACUGUACGGUCAUUGUGUGCUGGUCUGGAAGCAGUCAUCACCCGGCAGCGGUCAGGCUCUGUCCCCUCCCCUGCCUCCAUCCACGCACGUGUGCAAAACCUCUACACCUGGAGAAACGUCGCAGAGAGGACUGAAAAAGUGUAUGACAGAGUGGCUGGAGAGGAGGUGCUUGCUCUGGACAGACGGUUACAGAGGCUGAGGGCUCACUGUGGCCCCGUUGCUGGCUCCAUCUUUGCAUUUGUAGCCGUCUUAGACUUCCUCUUCCUGCUGCUCCUGCAGUGGCUGGUGCCAGAUCGGGUCAUGGAUGUCGCUGUGGACACCACCGGCCCUCGCAGGCUGUGGAGGCAGGAAAAAAGCAGUAAAAACGAAGCACAUUCUAAAGGUGCCACAAGGCGAGCGGCAGAACUUCAUCACAGUGAUGGCUUCCACGCCUCUGCCUCAGUUCUAGCUGCUUAUAUGAUGCCAUAUUAUCUUUAUGAUGCAGACUAACAUUUUAAACAUGGCUACUGAAUGUGCUCAUGGUAACCCCAAACAUUGUUUACAUUUACUAAUCAAAGGGACCUUGUGAAAGAAUUAUAUGGAAUAUGGAGUGUUUUUAUCUUUAUAAUGGAAAUCUGUGGUAGUCCUUGAGGCUUUAACAAGCACUUUUUUGAUUUGGCGAUAACAGUAAAGAUGGCACUGAGCAGAGGGAGUGAAAGGGCUCGUUAAUUGUACACUUCCUUUUGCACUGCACAGAACAGCAGUAACCUAUUUUCACUUUUUGUGAUGCUAUGUAUCAGUACAAAAUGUUUUAUUUGUAUAAUUUUGAUACCACAGAUUUCAGUCCUUUGUUUAAUAACUUUAUUUUUCUCCUCCAAGAUGUUACAUAUUUUUAUGAAACUUGGGAAUUCUUUAAAAUGAUCCUGAGACUCCCAGGCAAUCCAAAUAUAGAAAAUAAAGUGUACUUUCAAAUGUG